UACAACGCAAUCAGUCUCAUGACACGACAAAUUUAGUCGAAAUAUCCUGGUGAUUCAGGUUUGGAGUGCCUAUAAAAUAAUGUGAAGAGUUGUGGCAUCAUCAGUGUCUUUUUAUCGUCAACGAAGAAUCGUUCAAUUGAUAAUAAAAAUGGAGUUGCCAAAUUUGGGUGAGCAUUGUUCAGAGAAGACCUGCAAUCGCCUGGACUUCCUGCCCCUCCGUUGUGAUGCCUGUGAAUCCAUAUUCUGCACAGAUCACAUAUCCUAUCAAGGUCAUUCCUGUCCAAGUGCGUACAAGAAGGACGUUCAGGUGCCCUCGUGUCCCCUGUGCAACGUCCCCAUCCCCAUGAAACGUGGAGAUCCCCCGGACCUCGCUGUUGGCCUCCACAUGGACAAUGACUGUCAAUCGGACUAUGGAAAAACCAAGAAGAAAGUCUUCUCGAAUAAGUGCUCGUUGAAGGGCUGCAAAAUCAAGGAGAUUGUUCGUGUUGACUGCAGCGAGUGUGAGUGGAACUUUUGUCUGAAGCAUCGACAUCCUGCCGAUCACGAGUGCAUCGGCAGGGCUGAGGCUGUCAGACUGAAACGACUCAAGACUAUGGUGAAGACGCAGCAGAGCCAGAGGCCGAGGCCUGUUGAGAACAGAAAUUCCAAGACUUUUAAGAAUAUUCAGGGAAGUAUGAGUGAUGAUGAGGCACUCGCCAGGGCACUUCAGGCCUCGUUGCAGGAGGAGGAUCGAAUACGGAGACAAUUGCAACCAGAGCCUUCUGGGAGUCGAGAUAGAUGUCGAUUGUCUUAAUUAUUGUUGAGAAAAGUCUUCGUGGUUGGUACAAUCUUUAAUAUUUCUGGGGUCUCGCUGUCGAUAAUUAAUUUCAAGUCAAACUGAUUAUUCUGGGAAUUUUUGGCUGCAUUAAUUUUUCAAUCAAUGUCAUAUCUCUUAGUUAAACUCUCAGAGUUCAUUAAACUCUGCGAUAUUUAUCGAACAAUGGACAAUUAAAAUAUUGAGUUUGUACGUAAAUUUCAUUUACUUGCAGCAACCACGAAAUUGAAAAUCCAACAAAUUUCAAUCUUUCUUAGGAUAAACACUGUAAGAAUUUGUAGAUAGAAUUAUUCAAUUUUAAAUUUGACUUUUCUAAGAGUAUUCUUACAACGACAAUUUUAUCUGACUUUUUCACACGGCUACUGUGACAAACCGGCACAAAAUCGAGACAUUAAUUGAGGAAUCCUGAGGAUUCAAGAGUUUUUGGAAUUAACGAUACGACAAGAAAAAUAUUCUCUCGAGUCAAUCAAAUUUUCCAUUUAAAUUCGACUUGAGAAUAUUUUCUUGUCGCGAAAGGUUGGACUAUUCGUCUUCGACUUCCUGCGACAAAAUAUCGUCGAUGAAUGAGGAAGAUUUCUCCGUGACACUUGCUCAAUCAAAAACAAAACUUUGAAUAAAAUUUAGUUCGUUGUUUAAUUUAUUCCAUAUGCAUGGAUUUGAAUUUUUAAUGAAAAUCCUCUGGGAAUUUUCUCCUACGAUUUUCUAUUGUUAUUCCCAACACUGGCACUAUUGUGCCGUUUCUACAUAUCUCCGCUUAUUUUUAAAUAUUCAAUAGUUUUAUCGAGUGACAGUUAUGGCAGUUUUUUAAUGUCCAGUCGCAACUGGAGAUGGUGAUCGGACUGUCUCCAAAUAUUCCAUCCAUCUAGAGAUUACAUACGCAAUUCAAUUUCGAAUACGUAGGGAUACUUAUGCAGUGCCUCACGCAGUUUGAAGAUUUAAAUUUUGGUUCUAGUUGUUGAACAGGAGAGACUGGGGUAAAAUGGGUCUAUCAAUUUUAUCUAAAAGUCUAGGAGAAAUUCACCGGUUGAAGUCAGUUCAGAGCAUUCGAUGUAGAGCGAUAUAUUUCAUUUUCUUUUCAUCAAAUCGCAAGUUGACGAAUCUCAAUUGCCCAUUUUACCCCAACCCUCAAGAAAUACGUAAUAAAAUAGCAAAUUGCCUGCCAUUACAUUCCUCGACCUCCACAAAUUUAUUCUAAGAGUUCUAAUGAAAUUUUUAAGACAUAUUGUAAAUUUAAUAAAUAUUUAUUAUCUCAAAUUCUA